AUGGCGGACGACGAUCAAAACAGUGUCCGGGAAGCCGAACUCGCGAAUGAAAGCGAAACUCCGCACUUCGACGCGUUGUUUGCUCAGUACGAUACAGGAAAAUGCGUAUUCGGCACGGAGCAUCUAGGCAGCCUUCUCAUCGACAUGGGCUUCAACGCGUCCCCAAAGGUCCUCGACCGAGCGCUCGACGACAUGGACCCGAACGCGACGGGGGAAAUCGCCAAGCUGACGUUUCUCGAGUGGUUCGAAGAAAACGCUGACGACAUCGACGACGCUCCCCCCGCGGCGCCAGCGCAGACGUCGCUCCCCAUUUCACCGCGCUCGCAGCAGCAGGACGAAGCGUACUCCGAGCUGCAAAGUGCCAUGCUGGAUGCAAAGAAUCAGCGCAGACAAGCGGAGGUUGACGCCCAACUGCUGGCCAACCGCUUGGCGCAUCUUCGGGCGGAGGACGAUCGAGCGCAAAAGCGCAUCGAAGAAGCCAAGCGCCGAGCGCGAGAGAUCGAAGCCAUCAAGAAGCGCAACGAGAAUCGACAGCGCGCCAAGCAGGAGGCCAUGGAGCAGAUGCAACGAGACAUCAGGACCGCCUGCGAGUACAACAACAUGAUGCAGUCUUCCUCGCGAGAGCGCCGCAACCAGCUGAUCGCUGAGUACACUUCGCAGCGUGUCCAGAUUGUCCAGGAGACACGCGCCGAGAGGAAGACGCACCUCGACCAAAUCCGUCGCCAGCGGGAGAUGGAUCGGUCGUGGCUGGCCGAACGCUCCCAGGAGAUCCGAGACAAUGAAAAACGCGCGGUGCGGCAGCGGCAGAUUGCGCAGAAGAACUACGAGAAGGAAUUGCUGAAGAAAGCUCGCGAUAAUCUGGCGCGCGAGCACGAGAAGCGGUUGCUGUCCGAGAAGAAGAUCCACAGGAUGGAGGCGGAGGAGGCCGAGUUGAUCGCCAAGUUGCGUGUGACGCAGGAGCUCCAGCGCGCAGCUUAUGAGGAGCUCGAGUUUGUCAUGCAAGACGAGUGA